CUCUCUUCAUCGAGGACGUCGUUUUCCAUCCAGACCGAAGGAAAAAACGGUGUUAAAAAGAGAGUCGGAAAGAGGUUUGGCAGGGAUAAAGGAGAACCUAUCUUGUUUCACCGGGAGGAAAAUAGGUGUUUCAGGAGGAGGUAAAGGCAGUCCUCAUCGACGCACCUUUUCUGGCUGAUCAGUGACUGAAGAGGACGAUGCUCUCUUGAGUUGCUCACAACCCUCCACCCCUUCAUUCUCUGUCCUUGUCAACACAAUCGUCUCUUAUCAUGAAUCACACUCCAAGCCCCCACCUGUCUGAAGGCAGCAAGUCAGCUGGAGGUGGCCUCCUAUGCAGCCUGGGUCUGGGAUCUGACAGGGGGAUACGCUCCCCAGACAGCCUCACCCACACCCCCAGCCCCACCGGAGAAACACCUAGCUCCAGCCCCCCACUGCUGCUGUCGCCCGGGCUGGGGAGCCUCGGGCUAUGCUCUCUGGGGGCCAUGAGUGAGGGGGCUGGAGCUGAUUGGGAGAGCAGGGAGGAACUGAGGCUCAGAGAGCUGGAGGAGGCUCGGGCCAGAGCGACUCAAAUGGAGAAGACGAUGAGGUGGUGGUCAGACUGCACAGCCAACUGGAGAGAGAAGUGGAGCAAGGUCCGUGCCGAGCGUAACCGAGCUCGUGAUGAGGUCCGUCAGCUGAGGCAGCGGCUGGACACACUCACCAAGGAGCUAACCAGUGUUCGGCGGGAGCGUCAGGAACUUGCCUCAGAGAAUGAGAUGCUUCGACAGGAGAUGCUGCAUGUCCGUGGCGACCACGCAGCUCCUCCUCCAUCUGCCACUUCUUUCUCCCCCACACACCCUCGUGGUGCUUACUCUUCCUCUACUCCCUCUAUCUCUCCCUCCUCCGCUGCUUCCUCCUCCUCCUCUCAGGUCCACACAGAUGGCAAGCUGGACAGGGUGGAGGAAGGAUUACCAGCAUCUCCAGAACCAGAACCAGUGAGAGAUGUGGACUUGGACAGACAAAAGAUUGGUCAACAAAAGGACCUGGAGCUGCUGGAAUCUGUCCUGCAUUCCAGGACCCCAGGCACAGACACGCAGGAGGCCUGGGACAGUGGCAGUGGUAGUGGUGGUGUUAACCCAGCUGGCUUUCGCUCAUCCACCGCUCUGAGCCGGCAGGAACGAAACAGGCAACUGUGGGAAGACAUGACCAUGGUGGAUGAAGACUCCAGCAAACUCAAUGCCCUGCAGCUUCGCCUGGAUGAGUCCCAGAAAGUUCUGCUGAAAGAGAGAGAAGACAAGCUUCUUCUAAGUAAGAGCAUUGAGAGACUGGAGGCCGAACUCAGUCAAUGGAAACUUAAAUAUGAAGAACUCAGCAAGAGCAAACAGGAGGCCCUCAAACAGCUGAACCUGCUGAAGGAGAUGCACCAGGAUGAACUUGGCCGCAUAUCUGAAGAUUUGGAAGAUGAACUGGGAGCUCGAACUAGUAUGGACAAGAAAUUAGCUGAACUUCGAGCUGAGAUGGAGAGGCUGCAGGUGGAAAAUGCUGCUGAGUGGGGACGUAGAGAGCGUUUGGAGACAGAGAAACUGGCCCUGGAGAGGGACAACAAGAAACUGAGGACUCAGGCUGAAGACCUGGAGGAACAAUUGGCUAAGAAACGCCGGCAGGCAGCCUCUGCACUCGACACCGACCUUAAGGCCAUUCAGAGUGAACUGUUUGAGAGAAACAAGGAGCUGGCUGACCUUCGCCAUGUUCACGCUAAGCUUAAGAAGCAGUUCCAGGAGAAGACAGCAGAGCUCGCCCAUACCAACCGGAGGGUGGAGAGCCACGAGGCCGAAGUCAAAAAGCUACGGCUGAGGGUGGAGGAGCUUAAGAAAGAGUUGGGACAGGCUGAGGACGAGUUGGAUGAGUCUCAUAACCAGACCAGAAAGCUGCAGAGGUCUCUAGAUGAGCAGGUGGAACACACAGAGAACCUGCAGGUGCAACUGGAACACUUACAGUCAAGACUGCGGCGACAGCAGCAGAGUCCUGGUCUAUUCGGGAAGAUGCGAUCAGCUCGAUUCAGUCCUGAAAAUCCAGACGGUCCGAGCAGCGACAUGGACGAAGAGGAGGAAGAACUGCAGCUCCAGAUCCCAUGACAUAUGCACACACUCACACAUAUGCCCUUUAGCAAAAACUUCAUAUCCCCACAAAUUAUUCAGUUUUUCAGCAGGAAUCAACACUGUCAAGCUAUCAGUUUCACAUUUAUAUCUCAGAGUCUAUACAUAUUUGUUUGGAUGCAAAUUAAAAUAGCUUCAGCUGCUUGCUGGGUAUGUCAUCAAUCAAUAAUCAAUUAAUAAAACGGAAGCAGUUUUAAUCAAAUCAAAGAUCAGUCUAUGCUGUUUAUUCCAGAAGAAAGAUGAAAGAAACAGAAGAGUUUGAAGAAGUCAGUGAAGCAAAGUUUUCAUCAAGUAGCAGUGUAAUAAGCACACACCUUAUCUUCAUAAAGACAACACACACGAUAUACACUAAGACUCAUACAUGCUCGGACAUAGUUGCAUAAAGGCACAGUCACAAGAUGAAACCCAGCCAGACUGAGACAGACAAUUACAGGAUGUCCACAGUGCAGUACUGGCUGGAAGAAUCUUUUCCCUUUUUUUCCCAAUUGAUUUGCUGACAAACUUCCAACAAACCACUCUCAACAAGGCCGACAUGUUUAAUCCUUUCAACAACUCAGUCAUUCUGAUAUCAUACAGGGUUUCCUCUACAUUCAUUCUGCAGCGGCGGCUCCUUUAAAUAUUUUUUUUUUUAAUCGUCGCAAAUACACCACCGCCACAUGUCUCCACCUUCACAGCAGUCCUACACUGUGUCGGGUACUCGCGAGUAGUAAGGCAAACUACAGAUAACUAUCUUGUUCUAAGUAUCUACUGUAUUUUUGCGACCAUAAGGUGCACCAUAUUAAAAGGCACAGUCUCAGUUACGGGUGCUAUUUCUGUAUUUAACACAUACAUAAGGCGCACCGGAUCAUAGGGCGCGGGCAUGGUAAAACAUACCGGUACGCUAGCUUAAAACAUGCAUGCUAGCGUGUGUUUUAAAAAAGGCAGCGGAAGCAAAACUGAGUUCAGUUGUACUUUAUUGAAGUAUUUAGCAAUGUUUUCACGUGGUUCUUUAUCAAUCCUCAUUCACAAAUCCAUCAAAGUCCUCAUCUUCUGUAUCCGAAAUGAACAGCUGGACUAGUUCUCCAUGGAACACGCCAGGUUCCCGCUCGUCAUUGUCAGAGUCAGUCUCGUUGCCGUGCGGCUCCUCAUAAAUGAUGCCGGCUUUUGCGAAAGCUCGAACAACAGUGCAAGCAGACACGUUAGCCCAAGCAUCCGCAAUCCAUUCACAAACUGCGGCGCAACUCGCCCGGCGCUGCCUCCCAGUCUUAGUAAAACUGUGUUCGCCAUCUGUCAUCCAUCGCUCCCACGCCGUUCGCAACUUCACUUUGAACGCCCUGUUUACACCGAUGUCCAGCGGUUGGAGUUCCUUCGUCAAGCCUCCCGGAAUGAUAGCAAGCUCCGAGUUCAUUUGCUGCACUUGGUUUUUCACAGCAGCUGUGAGAUGGACGCGCAUGGAGUCACAGAUCAACAGGGACGGUGACGCAUGGAAAAAAACCAUCUGGUCUCUUUAUGUACAUCUCACUCAGCCACUCUUUCGUUUUCUCCUCGUCCAUCCAGCCCUUUUGAUUGGCCUUAACGAUGACUCCGGCUGGAAACUUCUCUUUAGGCAGCGUCUUCCUCUUAAAAAUUACCAUAGGUGGCAGUUUCUGUCCAUUAACCUGGCAGCCAAGCACAACAGUAAAAGCCGACUUUUCGUGCCCCGUUGUGCGUAGUGCUACCAUGCUGGUCCCCUUCUUCUCGACAGUGUGAUUCACCGGGAUGUCAAAAGUCAGUGGCACCUCAUCCAUGUUGGUGAUGUGGUUGGGCUGGAUGUGUUUGUCGGCAAUCUUUUUACUGUAGUAGGAGCGGAAGAUGGCCAGCUUUUCAUUGUAAUCCACUGCAAGUUGCUGUGCCACGGUAGUCCUUGCCCGGAUGGAAAGAUGCCGCCGUUUCAUAAAAUGAAAGCACCAAGACGGACCUCCUUGAAAAUGUUCAAUUUUCAUUUCUUCUGCAAGCGUUGUUGCCUUCAGUCGAAUGGUGACUGUAGAGACACUUCUCCCAGCUGUUCUUUGAUCAUUAAUCCAUUGCUCAAGUCGGUCUUCCAAUUCGGGCCACCUUGCCUUGUUUCCGCGGAAACUCAGCUUCGUCUUCUUGACUUGGUGAAGCUCAUUUUCCUGCUUCCUCCACUUGCGAACCAUGGAUUCGUUAAUCUUGAAUUCUCUUGUGGCUGCUCGAUUCCCAUGUUCCUCCGCGUAGCUGAUAGCUUGCAGUUUAAACUGUGCUUCGUAAGCUUGUCUCUUCGCAGGUGCCAUUUUAAGGGGUCCUUAGCCAAACCGAUGUUGUUUUGCGUAAUGCACAUACCAGCACUAUAUACCAACUGGGGGCAUGCCUUUAGCAUCUUCUUUCACGCCCACACUUCCCCCUUUAACGUUCUCAUGCUGUCCUCUGUCACGUCCGCCUUUUCUCUAUAUAAGCAGCGUGUCGGCAGGAAAUGCUCUCAGUCAGUCAAGCGGAGCGCUCAUCAAAGUCACACAACAUUUACAGAUUUUGGAACUAGGUGCACACAUAAAGGCGCACCGCAUUGUAAGGCGCUCCGUCCAUUUUGGAGAAAAUUUAAGACUUUUAAGUGCGCCUUAUGGUCGCGAAAAUACGGUACUCUUUUUUUUGUGUGUGUGUGUGGUGGUGGUGGUGGGGGGGGUGUCAGUGAUCAUUACAAGCAAUACAGCUGCCCCAUCUGAACUGUGCUGCUGUAUUCAAACAUGCCUCAACUCUUCAUCAGCAGGAUUAGCUACAAGGAAAAGGCAUUUUAUGCUAUUUUUCAGAUUAGAAGUGUUUAUUAAUAUAUACCAAGAGAAUACUAGUCAUUUUAUGAUUUCACAUGUUGCUUAAAAUGUUUUGCCACAUUUUAAAAAAAGAUUUGAGUAUUUUUUCCCCAACAAACAAAGACUCAAAAUCUUAUUUCUGAUGUGCUAGUAUUUAAUGUUUUCUGACUAUUGUUGGGAGCACACUGCACAAACUUUACACUCAGAAAAUAGUAUGCUGUCUCUGGCCUCUGAUGAGCUGCAACCCACUGUGUGUAUGGCACUAAACUUGUGAUUGACAACUCUUGUCCAACUAGAGAGUUGUCUUCUGACACAACCCCUAUACUUUACAUGAGGACAUUAUUAUUUCUUGUAUUUUCUACAGAUUCUAAAAGAAUCUUAAUGGUAUCAAAACUAGCACAACUGGCUCUCAUUGUCAGUCUCAACUCUCCCCUGUAGUGCCACAGUGCUUCUUUUGAAUCUCUGUAGCUCAGUAUGUGAAAGCAGGCUACGAUUUCAUGUUCCAUUCACUUAGAGUAGCUGCAGAUCAGUAUGCGUGAACAGUGCUUUCAUAGGUGCAAAUUAGGAUUACAUUCACACUGUUGAGCAGGAGUUUGCUGCCUUUCCAGACUUUGUAUUCAUCAUUCUGCAAUCAGUCCCUGCUCGAACUGGGAGAAAGCCCACUGCAUCUCUGCAUACAUGGUUGUGACUGUCCUGCAACUGUAUUGUGGCUUUUUAACAUCAAGGCUGUGUUCCUAAGGCAGCUAAAAUCUGCAUGAAAUGAUAUUAAAUAGGCAAGUGUACACAAAUAGGCUGUCUUCAGAGCUGAACCUGACCUAAGGAUGUGGUGUUUUAUGUUACACUUCAUAGAUACAUUGUAAACUAGGUUUGGAAAAACUUACUCUGAUUAAAAAAAAACAAAAAAAAAACCAUCAUCUGACCACAAUAAUUUACCAACACAUGAAAUGUCAUGCUGGUCCACCAAAAAUGUUCAACUUAUAUUUGCCAAUAAACCAAAAUUUACAUUCAAUCAAUCAAUCAAUCAAUCAAUCAAUCAAUCAAUCAAUCAAUCAAUCAAUCAAUCAAUCGAAGUUUAUUUGUAUAGCCCUUUACAACAGCUGGACAGUGAAUUUUAGACAGUGUGUACCGUAAUUUCCAGACUAUUGAGCGCACCUGAAUAUAAGCCGCACCCACUAAAUUUAAAAAGAAAAACAUUUUUGUACAUAUAUAAGCCGCACCUGUCUAUAAGCUGCAGGUGUCCACGUUGUAACAUGAGAUAUUUACACAGAAAGAUUUUUUUUAACUUUUAAUUAAAUAAAUGCUUUUUUCCGAACAGUGCCUGUAACACGGCAGUAAAACGCACUGAGUCAGUUCUUCACGCUGCCGACUCCAACAUCUUACCAUCGAUUCAUUGAUGCCAAGCUUAUGUGCAGCAGCUCUAUUUUCUUCUUCGACAGGCAGAUCGAUUAUCUUUAACUUCGAAGCCGCAUCAUACGCUAUGCUGCCCUUGCAGCGCGUAGCUAGACAGCUAGCUAACAUUCUCAAGUCUUUAAAUAAUCACACAGGGCCUGCUUUUUCUGUGCUUUACUUCAGCUUGGCUUGCACCAAUAGUGUAAAAAGACAAAUACUCUCCAAGGCAGAAGCGUAGUGAAACAUUAGCAACAAAGGUGAAUUAGCUCUGUCCAUUGCGGCUGUCGGCACUCCACAUGACAGACAUAGCUAACAGGAAAAACAAAGCACCUUCCAAGAUAGGUCAGAGUGCAGAGCGGUGAGAGUGCUCACACUGUCGUCAUUUCUGACACCAAACUAGAACAAAAGCACUCACUCUGACGCUGUUUUAAAAACCUAACUGAAAAUAAACUUUAACUUAUACACUUAACUUUAAAGACAGCACAUACGCAUUUUUUCAUGUGUUUUUCAUGAUGUGUGCAUGAAGCCAAAAUGACUGAUCUGAAGAGUUUAGUGUGAGUGCGUUUGAUUUAAUUCGAACAGUUUCAUUGGUUCAUUAUGACCUGUUUGGUAAUUUCAUUGGUCUGAUGUGACGAGGCUAAACGUAUUGACGGCAUGAAGCUCGCCCAUAAAAAUCUAUGCAUUAGCCGCAUCGUUGUAUAAGCCGUAGGGUUCAAAGCGUGAGAAAAAAGUAGUGGCUUAUAGUCCGGAAAUUACGGUACAUAAAUAUGAGCACAGAAAGAGAAUGUUCAACCUCUUUGUUAAAUAAACACAUUGAGUUAUACAUCAGUGAGAUUAUUGUCUCUGUGAAGAGUAAUAUGUCCAACAAAGGCCUGCUCACAUCAGCAUGUGGAAAGAAUUUAUUUGUGGUAAAGUCAAUCCUUUUCAUGCUAAUUUGCGCUAAAAGAACAAAAAGUCAAAGACUCAAAACAGAGGGAGACACUGAAACAUAUUUCUAUGAGUUUUAACUCUCCUCAAUCAGCACGUAUCAUUGGAACAAAUAAAUGGAGUUAUCCUAUUUUAUUUAUAAAGAUUUAUAAAGAGCUUGAAAACUGCCAGUAAAUUGUUGUUUCUUUCCUUUAAGCAACUGUUUAUUGAUUAAAAUCAUGUACAAUGAAGCUAGUGGUACCAUAUUUCCAUUGACAAGGAUUUUAGUGCUUAGCUAGCUGGGUACAGUUGUUCACCAUCUACACCAGUGAGCAACUGGCAUGUCCUCCAGUCUCUUAUCUAAUGCAAAGAUGAAUUUAGCAGUGUGCCUCUGUCUGGUGUGACUGGAUUUGAAUGCAGACCGAACUCUUACAAUGUAGCAGGGGCAAAAAGAGGUAAUACUCCUCAUAGGAGACAGAAAAAAACUUAACUGAAUAAGUUCUGAAACAACAAACAUAUAAUUUACAUGACUGAUCGCCUGUUUCAUUUCCUGUUUUUAUCUGUAGAGAAUAUCAAACAUGGCCAAUACCAGCUAACAUGAUAGAACAAUUACAAUUUUCUUGAUUGAAAACAAUUCCUGAAGUCUUCUCUCUGUUUUUGUCUCUUAGACGGCCAAUUUUGUGUCUCCUUUUUCAAGUUUUUAGCUGGUGGCAAAACCAUUUUUCCCCCUUCUACUCCAUUAGUUAACUAUGCCCAACAUAGCCAACACUGACAACUUUUGACAGCAGUACACAGCCUAGUUCAUUUGUCCCAAGGGAAUAAAUGGAAACAAGAAUAAUUCACAUUUUGUUUUUUAAAAUGUUUUGCAAAAUUUCAAAAAUAUGUUUUAAAUUUUCCAGACAAUUAUAUGAAAACACAGCUAGUGAAAUCCAGACCAUUAAAAUUCCCAUGGACUUAAGACUGUGCUGUUCCUUUUAAACAAUCCAUGUAUACAGUACAUAAGAAGUUUGGAUACAUUGGGUGUUGUAUAGACUGUGAAAGCAAUAAACUAUUCAUUUAUCUUCCACCACAGUCACUCAGCCUCAUCUCUGAUGCUAGAAGGGGACCAAGAUUUUGUACUGAUCAGGAUUCUGUAUCGCUACUAUUAGUACUAUUUAUGUUGUUACGUUUUAGUCUUUAUUAAUCUGUACCACAGUUGUUUUGUAUUGGCUCUUCUAUUGGCUCUAUAAAUGUCACCUGUACAUACAAAGAAA